AUGCUCCGUUUCUUUUUCUUUCUUUCUUUCUUUCUUUCUUUCUUUCUUUCUUUCUUUCUUUCUUUCUUAUUCUCAGAUUUAAAAGUUUUUUCCCCUUCUUCUUUCCUUGCUUCUUUCUUAAAUUUUCAUUUUCCAAAUAACUCUAUCUAUCUAUCUAUCUAUCUAUCUAUCUAUCUAUCUAUCUCAUUCUUUUCAUCUCUCCUCUUUUCCCUCUCUCUAUAUAUACAUUUUUGUAUUUAUCUACUUAAUUCUCUUCGUUAUCUAUCUAUCUAUCUAUCUAUCUAUCUAUCUAUCUAUCUAUCUCAGUUUGUUCAUUAUCUAUCUAUCUAUCUAUCUAUCUAUCUAUCUAUCUAUCUAUCUAUCUAUCUCAUUCUGUUCAUAUCUAUUUCAUUCAGUUUAUCUCAUUUAAAAUUAUUUGAAAUUCAUUUUGCUCGCUCUUUUUCUCCCCCCCCCCACAUUUCAUUCCAUUCAUGUCCUUAUCUCUUUAUAUCUGUUUACGCGUUUCGCCUUUAUUUUCUUUCCAAAAUGUCUGCCCUUGCGCCCUCCCCUUUCCUUUCUUGCCGUUACUGUUUUUAUUGUCUCAGUAGCAGCUUAAGCAGGCACCUGCCGACUGAACCCUUGACGAAUUUUGCCGUCAACACGCAGAAGUCAAGACCCCAUUCACGUUCACACGCAAAAAGCUACCGUGCCAACAAACUACAAAUCAGUUCCUUUUCUUUUCUCUCUCUAUCUGCGAACCACGAUCAAAGCGGAAGGAGUGAUGGAAAGUAG